AUCAAUAUAUUAUUUUUAAUUGUUGCUUAAAUCUCCUUUAUUAUCUUUUAUUUUGUUCUUGAUCUUAUUCAAAUUAAAAAUUUUUGCCCCUUCACUCUUUGAUCUUCUCCCCACUUUACUCACUGUUUUAAAAUAUUCUCAUUAAUUAAACAAAUUAUUUAAACAUGUACGCCAUCUGUAGGGUAUCUUUGGCAUGGACAUAGAAAAAGAGAAAGAGAGAGAGAGAGAGAGAGAAAUAUACAGAAAUUAAAAAGUUUUACUAAAUUUAUAUAGGAUUUUCCAAGUGAAGAAGCAACAAAAAUAGCUCAAAUAGCAUAACUAAUUAUCGCGUAUUACAUGAUAAUGACAAUAAUAUCGGGCCAGAUCAUUAUCUUGGUUUUUAAAAAAAAUGCAUUGAAUACUGAAAUAAGAGUAGAACACUAUAUUUAGAAAAACGAAUAAUUAUUAACAGAUUUUUCUCAUUUGGUAUAAGGCCUAUAGUAAAAAUAUUGGAAAAUGUAUGAAACUUCUUAUAGAAGAAACCGUGUUAAAACAUUAAAAAGGCAUUAUCGGGAAUAUUUAACAAUAGUAUACUAUUAAUUAUUCAUCUUAACCUCGAUUAGCAAUGUUAGGUGAUCUUAAAAUCUUCUUUUUGGUUUUGCUUCCUAAUAUUGAACGCAGCAAUACUUGUUUUGUUUCGAAUUGUCUCUUCUUACAAAGCCUUUAGAAUUGAAUAUUUACCUGAUCAAUUCUCGCCUUGGCAUUCGUUCAUUGCGUUUCGAAUGGUGCUUAUCAGUGCUGAUAAAAGAAUGGAGUUAGGAAAACCUAAGACGAUAUUUCAAACAAAAAUAUCCGUACCCUCUUGUCCUUGGAUGUUUCCUGUCAGGGUUUCAGCAGUAAAGUUCUACAGAGUUGCAACAUCACCGGGGGCUACAGCGCCUUAUUCAAGUACUGAAUUAAUAGGUUCUUUCAAUAACGAUUCGAGUAGGAAUCAACAACUACAAGAGAGGGAGGCAAAAUUGGAAACACCUCCUCCUCAACCUCCUCCUCCUCUUCAACCGUCAACGUCUUCUUUGAGUAAACGCAACAGAAAUACUAAUAAUACACUUUAUCUUAAUCUUAGAGAGAAAUCUAAUGAAAAGCAAAAAGUGGAGCAAACUGAAAUCUCCAAGCCUUAUACUUUUAAACCUUUUCAAAAGCAUGGUCUUGUAAAUGGUCAACAGAUGUCGUCACUAACUAGUCAAAUAAAUCAAAACGAGGAAUUAGUUGCAACGAGUGCUUUAUGGACCUCUCAGCCUAAAAUACGCAUUCAACCGUUCAAUAGCCAAUCGAUGCAGAUAACAGCUCCUCCUUCCUAUCAAAAUAGGAAGUUAGCUACUAGACAACCCAUAUUGAAUGCCCAUAGUAGCAAACUCAACAAUUCAAAUGAUUCCAAGUACCCGGAUCCAACGUUUGGUGCUCCUGCAUAUUUCAUGCAAAGAGUGUACGAUAUAUCAGCAGUAGAGGCAGAUACAAUCAGGUGGGAAAGAGCUAGAAAAUUUCGAAAGAAAAGAGAUCAAAAUAGUAGCUCUAAUUAACUGUAAAAGUAAACAUUUUCGUUCCAUAUUACAAAUAUACAACUAUAUUAUUCUAAAUAUAAAGAAGCAUAUUAAUGAAUAUAUUGCACAGUAAAUAAAGUAUUGCCGC